GUUCAGCCCCAGGAUCCGUGGUCCAGCCUCCAGAGCUCUUCCGGAGGUGGAUAAUCCUCAUCCUCUACACGCAGCACUAAUGCAAUCAGGAAGGAAUCGCUAUAACUCACCUCAAAGGAAACACAUUUUGGACUCAGAUGCAAGAAGUGUAAUGUUUAGAACUGCGUCUGCGUGUAGAGAGAUGGAUAUGCGCGUCUUGCAUUUUCCUUAACCUUUUUUUUUUGUUUGUUUUUUUUGUUUUUUACAUAUACAUAUAGAGGCAAACUCUGACAUUGAAGAUCCGACUGUCUAGAAUGUGACAGCUGUUGUCGCGUUUCAUCUAGUUCGGUGGAAACGACUGUAUUUUUGAUUUCAUUGUUUAUUUUGCAUUCAAUCCAGCACCAUGAUGGUAUAUAAUCUGGCUUUAACUUUUAUUAUUGCUGCUCUUUGGAGGGUCAGUGCUGAGCCUAAAACUAUUUCUUCACCAUCGACGCAAUUAAAUUCAACAUCAUCAUCAGUCAUCCACGAAGAUGAACUGGCAAAUAAUGUCACGGAUGCAGCCGUGGGAUCCCGGAUUUCUACUCUAAUGACGCAUCUUCCAACUCUGAAAAACAUAGUUAUUUUUAUCUGCGUGUUAACAGCUGCUCUCAUCACAUUCCUGGUCAUCAAAGUGGUCAGAUCUGGCAGACGAAUCAGAAAAACCCGAAAGUAUGACAUUAUAACAACGCCUGCAGAGCGUGUUGAGAUGGCUCCUCUAAAUGAAGAAAAUGAUGAUGAGGACGACUCUACCCUGUUUGAUGUUAAAUACAGGUGAAUUCCUACAGGAUGUGCGACAGCUUCCUGCUUUGCCCGAAACAACUCAAGUGAUUUUUUUUUUUUCUUCUGUGUUGUCAAGUUUGACCAAAUCAGACACUUCUUCUGCUGCUUGUGCAUGGCUUCAGUCUGUGUUUAGAGGACAGGAGAUGCAUGGAUGUCAUCACUUGCUAUUUUACUGCCACUUCCAUCAUGUGGCCUGAAAAAUGACUUUUUGCUAUUACAGGUCACAGUGUUUUGUUUUGGUUCUUCUUUAACCCAUAAAGACCCGGUUCUGGUUGUGUGACAGUGCCCAAAUGAAUUUUUCUCUCAA